ACGUGAAGAUUCAGUGGGUGCCAUUGGACGUGGUCAUUUCAACCGAAUCACUUCGAGAGUUUCAAAUUGUUGGAUAACCUUCAGCUGAAGCGGAGAUCGCUUAGGAGACGCAACAUACUGUGAUAAGCGCCAUAAGGAAUAACUGUGGUCUUUCAUUUUUGAUCAAGUGACAAUCGUUUUAAGUCUGUGGCAGAUUGCUUGUUUAUUUCUUCGCUUUUAUUUUCAGAAAGAAAAAAAAAAUAGUUUUCUGACCGGUACCAAAGGCUUGCAACGUAGAAAAGGAACAUAAAGGCCUGAUUCAGUUGUGAUGACAGACUCAGAUACAACAGUGUUUGGUUUCAGGUAUCGAAACAAAGCUUUUGAAGGUGACGAAAGUCCUGGAGAGCGAAACACAGAAAUAAGAGGAAACGAACCAGUAGCGCGCAACGUCUCAGACGCCGACGACUUUGCAGAAACAUCUGGGAAAGUUGCAGUUGACGGCAGUGCAACAAGGGACAGUGUCCAUGAAAAUGCGGCAUCAACGAGAGGGGUGGAAAACGAAAAUUCGGACGAAGGCUUCGACGACCCACCUGACGGCGGAUGGGGCUGGAUUGUUGCUAUUGGGGCGCUACUUUGUCAGGUGUUGGUGAAUAUCAUAUUAUCGUCGUUUGGAAUCCUUUAUUCGAAAUAUCUUCUAGACCUCCAGACCUCUGCUUUGGUAUCAUCUUGGAUAUAUAACUCGAUGGGGUUUAUAAUGAUGCUGUCAGGGGUGUUUCUGAAGGCCUUCGUAGAAGAAUUCGGCUUAAGAAUGACAGGUUCCAUAAGCACCAUUCUCACUUCUAUUGGCAUUUCUGCUACGGCCUUUGCCAAUUCACCUUGGUUUAUCAUGUUCUUUUAUUCCUUCGUAGCUGGUAUAGGUACUGGAUUGCUGGGAUGUCUCUCAUAUGGAAUUGUCACGUAUUAUUUCAAGAGGCGCAUCGGCAUUGCAAAUGCAAUAAUGUCGUCCGGAGUCUCCACGGGACAGAUCAUUGGACCGCUACUCAUCACGCGUCUACAGGAUCACUAUGCAUUCCAAGGAAGUCUUCUGAUUAUGGGCGCCUUUUACCUCAAUGGCCUAGUCGGUAAUAUGGUAUUCCAUCCCCCAGAAUGGCACAAGAAAAAGCCAACAGCUCUUCCGAGGGCGACCAAGAGUGGUCACAGCAUCGCUGAAGUAGUUCUCAGGAUCUUGAGAAACGCCUUGAAAACCCUGAUUCUCAUUAAAUCGCCGGUCGCUUCUAUUGUAGCAAUAGGGGCCGCCAUUAACCUCAUCUCUUAUCUCAAUUUUCUGACAGCUCUGCCUUUCGCUAUGCAAGAGGAAGGAUUCUCAGUUGAUGACGCUGCGUAUUGUCUCUCUCUCUCUGGUCUCGCUAGUCUCGUUGCCAGGCUCACGAUUUCGAUUGUUUCCGACUAUUCUUGCAUGAGUAAAAGGUACCUCUACAUGGGAGGAACACUAACAGUUAGCAUCUUCUCAGUCGCUUUCUGCUUCAUGCCGAGCCUGACCUUCAAAAGCGUCGCCAUGGGGAUCUGGGGCGGCGGCGUUGGAGUUUACAUGGGUCUCAUGAACCUAAUUAUGAUAGAAUUCGUUGGACGCGAACAACACAUGAAUGUCUUAAGUUUCAACUUCUUUGCUUCGAGCAUUUGCUUCAUCACUUCUGGCCCAGUUCUGGGGUUCGUCCGGGAUGUCAGUGGAAGCUACACCUACAGUUUGCUAUGUCUUGCGGCAUCGACUAUGUUCGCUUUCCUUAUGUUCCUAUUCCUACCAGCCGCCCAGGCUUAUGAAAAGAGGAACAAAGAAGAAUUAGAAAACAAAAAUGAGAAUGUCUAGUCCAUUAAAAGGUGAAAAAGAGAAAAUCUUGUUGAGAUUCCAAGCUUUAAUAGAGAUCGCUUCAAUGAAAUUCGAUUCAGGCUCGUUUGUUCUCUGUACGAAUGCAAAAUAUCAGAUGCGAAGACGAUAAUAAAAGUCAAGAGAGGUUUCCGAAAAUACAAAAUUAACCUUUCGUUAUUUUAUAUCAUUUGAUUUGAGAUAUUUGCAUGUUCUUUCAUAAGCGUUAAUACAUUUCUUUUACAUCCAAAGGUGUUCAUUCUUGUUCCUUUUUCUCUUAACACGUUUAUGUUUCUCUACUUUAAUUUCAGAUGUCUGGAUUUUCCUUCUAAAAUAAUAUAGAUUAUUUUUCUGACUCCGAGCUUAAGCUUUGAACUAUGUAGCCAGAGUUUAGUCGAAUGUGUUGGGUUGCAGCUGAAGGUCAUUGACUCUUCAACAU